GAAAUAUCCAAUGAGCUUGAACGAUUAAACGAAUUAACCAAAAAGUUUAUCGAAGUACUUACCGCCCAUAUUCAAGCACCUUCAAGACCCCGAUCAACGUAUAAAAAUUACCAACCUGCCCCGCCUAUUAUGUAUAUAAAGAUGAGUACUGAACCUACAAUAAAGCCUCUACAGGAACUUCUGCUUCUGCUUGUUAUAAUCUAUCGAACCAGAAGAA